GAGAGAGUAAAAUUGCUUCAUUGACGCUUGCUUUUCGCCUAUCAGUAAGGUCUCUGAGAAGAAAGAAGCAGAAGAGGGAUUUGAUUUCCCGCGAUUUGCUGUAGGAGGGAAAAGAUGAUGUCCGGCGGCUAUACCAGUCUCGACAAGGACAACGAGAAAAUUUCUGGAUCAGUACUUGCGGCUUCAGAUCCUGCUCAUGUGACCGUCAAAUUCGCAGAGUCGAAUCUUCAGACGUUUCCACCUUCCCAAGCACAGGGGAAGAUCACCGGUGGAUUUCAGCCGCCUCGCGAUGCUGAUGAUACAUUCUUAAAACCAGCUUCUGGUUCUGAUGAAUCUCAACCAAGUGGUUGGUUUCGAGCAUUGACAGUCACAGCUUAUAAGCCAUACUUUGAUGUGGAUACUUCGGAUGUAUUAGAGAGGAUUAAGGAUUCACUCUUUCCAUUUAAAGCCAGUUUUUCUGAAAAGACUGCUAACAACCCAGACCUGUAUGGACCAUUUUGGAUAUGCACCACCUUAAUUUUUGUAGCGGCAUCUAUUGCUACAUUUGUCACGUAUCUAGCACACAAGCUGCAGAAGAAAGAGUGGAACUAUGAUAUCAACCUUGUGACGUGGUCUGCUGGUUUGUUUUACGGCUAUGCCACCAUUGUUCCUCUUAUCCUGUAUAUCAUCUUAAAAUACUUCUCAGCACCAUCUGGCCUUGUUCAGCUAUUUUGUCUAUAUGGAUACUCCCUCUUUGUCUUCAUUCCUGCCUUGUGUCUGUCUGUGAUACCUAUUGAAGUGUUUAGGUGGGCGAUUGUGGGUGUCGCGGGGUUCAUGUCGGCAACCUUUGUUGCCCUCAAUCUCCGGAAUCACAUCAGGUCAGCAGGUGAAAGGUGGUUUUUAAUUGUGGCUGGGAUCUUUUUAUUGCAGGUGGCUCUGGCUGUCGUACUUAAGUUCUAUUUGUUCACUGUUACAGUAUGAGCAUACAUAGAGAACUCAAAUAGGAUACUUAUCAUUGGAGCGAGAUUUUUGAGCAUUGGCUCGAUGUUGUAUUUUCCCAUGUUAAUGGAAUAUAGUCUUUAGAGGUGGAAUUUAUGACUUGUAUUCUUUCAUUUUUGGCCAUAUAAAUUCAAUGAACGAAUCUCUAGCCCAA